UAACAUCAUUCUAACAAAGCAAUUAUUUUUUAUUUUGUAUAAUUACAGUUGUAAUUAAGAUAAUGUUAAUGUUUAAGUGGUAGCAUAAUUUUUUUGUAUUUAAUUACUGGUAAGUAUUCUUUUAUUUAAGUAAAAUUAGUCAUAGCACAUAUUAAAUUCUCCAUUACAAGUGAAAGCCCUGAAAUCAGAAUGUUAUUUAUUUUCAGCAACAUGUACUGAUAGUAUAAGAUGUAAAAUGUUAUAUAUUAUAAUAAAGUAAUUGUAAUAAAGUUAUGAUGCACUGACUGCAUGGUUUUACUGUUGUAGUUGGUUGAAGUUGAGCUAAUUUGUAACAUACUGGAACUAAUCUUACAGACUGAGUUUAUUCUAUAACAGUGUAUCCUAUUUUCCAAUAUGAUAGUAUUGUUUUAAUGUAAAAUAUAAAAUCACAAGUUAAUUAGUCAGAAUAGCCCCUAAAAAAGUGGUAUAUAAAGAAUAUUAUUUGCUUCUGACAUGUAGUGGAGUAGAAGUAUAAGUGGCAUGAAAUUGAUGUACUUAAAAUAUUGAACAAAGAGUACUUUGAAAACUCAUGCUGUGCAGCCAAAUACUUACUUAUUAUUUUUAAUUCUAAUAUAAUAAUUCUAAAAUAAUAAAGAUCCCAAAGUUUGCAAAGAAACCAAAAAUAUCAAGCAGAAUUUUGGUAUGUCAAGGGGUUAAUAAGUCAAAAUUUUACUUUAUUAAAAUGAUGGGAAAUAACUAAAUUUGGAUUGUUCUUUGUGAUAUACUGUGAACACUUGUUCAAUAUAUGCAUAUUUUCAGUAUGCUAUGUUUGCGUUUCCUGUAGCAUCAGACCCAGUAGUCUGAUACCGACUACUGAGCCUUCUGCUGCUCCUGAGUGGGAACUGGAGAAGUUUGAGAGCUUGAACACCUGCUGUGAAGCAGACACCGCACCUCUCCAGGUUACCCCCCCUCCUAAACCUCAAGGGUUUCAUAGUUCAAAGGGUAAAAGUUCAUCUUCUGAUUUGAACAUGUCAUAUGUGAGGUAGUUCAGGGGAUGUAAGGGAUUAGAGUGUUACCCUAAACCACUGAUAAUGACAAUUUACUUGAGGCGGAUAAAUGAUCACUGUGAGUAUUUAGGUCACUUUUAACUAACCUGCUGGUGGUGAAGGGUUCAGUACUGUAUAUUAUGAAUAUCACACAUUUAAAGAAGCAACACAUUCAUAUAGAAUAAUUUGCCAUAUUGUUUCAUGUUAAGGAAAGUUUAUUUAUGAUUAAGUUUAUUAUUCCAUUUAUUUAAAUAGCCCAAAAUGAAUAAGACAUUUGCCUCAAAUGGUUUUAUAAUCUGUGCAGUAUACACCACCUUCUGUCUUUACACCCUUCGAUUGUGUUUAUUCCGACUUUCAAAAGUGCAAACGGUUGUCUUUGAAUUAGUACAGAUCACAUAAUUGAAUACAUUUUAACCAGGUGCCCUUUAUAGAUGGUUUAGAAGUUCUAACAGGUGGGUUCUUAAUAUAAUAAAUAAUUUACAAAUUAUUUAUAGGUCAUUAAUAAACUAUUAUCCACAACUUUGGGGUUAGGGUUAGGUUAGGUGUUUAUCGCCCUUCAGCAUCAUUAAUAUGUUUUUGGUUAUCAGAAGGGAAAAAAGAUCUGCUGUGUGCUUAAAAUUAAAGUCCUAAAAUUAGCUUAAAUGUAUUAAUAUUUAUUAUUGGAAAAUACAAAAUUUGUCAAUAUUACAAUUUUUAACAUUUAUAUUACAUAAUUACCAAAAAUAGUUUUUUUUUACCAUGUUGUUCAAAUUAAUAUUUUAUAAAUCAAUAAUUAAUAAAUUAUGUAUGAACUAUUAGGUUUUUAAUUGUUACAACCUAUAGACCCUUAUUGGUGCCUUAUUAGUGCACAAAUGUACUUAUUAUUAAUAUUAAAUACAUAUAAAUAUUACCAUGCUGUGUACUGUAAUAAUACCAUUAGGUUUAUAUUACUGUCAUUACAAUUAAGUCUGAUUAUUGCUGUUGUACUAAAAGACUUAAUGGUAAAAGAACAGUAAUAAUAAGUAUUGGAUAGCAGAAUCAACUUAUUUUAUAGACUGUUUGUGUUUGUGUUCAGAAACAUACUCUUCAGGAUUAGUGUAGUGUUUCUGAUUAGUAGUUUUAAAGUAGUAGUCCACCAUUGUAAGGUGUUGCUGUUUAAUUUGUAAGUAACCAAAGGGAAAUAAGUUAAUUGUAUUGUGUCCAUAAAGUGGUAAAAACAUCCAAAACAUGAGCAAAAUGUAGUCAUUAGUCAUGAGUAACAUCAUCCUGUUCAUGAAAGACAAAUGACUGGGCCUAAGUUGUUUAUUUUACAGAGACUAAAUGUUAAAAAAACACUUUUCUACGUGGGUGUUUCCAGUUCCUUAAUAAAGUCUUGAUGUUUGUCUAGAAAGAAAUAGCAAAGAGAUGUUUGCUCUGGCGUCAUCUGGUUUCAGCUUGCACGUGUCCCGAGUGUUUCAGGGAUACUCUAGCCUAAAAACAGCAAUGCUAGAUGCAGAGCUGUCAUAAAAUAUGCCCGCAAUGGCAGACAUGUACGGUUGCUCCCUUCUGGCAAUGGGUAUUUGGUUUCACUGGUGCUCAUAAACUACUGGUCCUCCAGCAAAGGUCAGCACCUUGUUAGGACCUGCUGCGACAACUAACAACUAUUGUUUAGUAAAUACUUCUUUCUAUGAGUAAUGGUACCAUGUGGCAUAUAAAGCAAUGACAGGACAUAUUUAUAUUCCAGCUUUAGGGUCAUACUCGUGAACAGCAAAUACAAAGAAUUAGUUAAAAUAAAGUGUAACUGUGAUUAUAAUGUAGCAGACAGGAAACUGCAGCCAGUUUAAUAUAGAUUAAAUUACUUAAUAGACGAAAGCAUUAAGGUUAACUUAGUGAUAAUUUUAGGUUAGAAACUAAAACCCAAGUUGCUCAUGUGUAUAUGUGGAAAAGAAUAUAAAAGCCAAAUUAAAAUAAUAUAUGUUAUUUGAAAAAACAAAUAAAACACAACAUUAUUUAUAUUUUUAUAAUUUCUACACUUUAUUGACAUCAAUUUACUACAUUAAGAAAGUAACUGUUUGGUUUAUAAUCCCCAGUUUAUUAUGCAUUUAGUUGUAAUAGUGCCACUACUAAAAAUGAAAACAAUUAAGAAAAUAAACUUAGAAUGGAACUGAGAAAGAAAAAUGUGUUCUUCUUGUAUUUUUUUUUGCCAUUUUUACUUCAGUUACACUUGCACUGAAGAAACGUGUUUACAUAUAGUCCUCAGUUAUAUUCUGAUUUUAUUACACAUUAUAGCACAUAUAUAGCACAUAUAUUCUGUUUAAUUAGAGAAGAGAGAGUAUAUGUGUGUAUAAAAGAGAAAGAGACAGACAGUGAUGACUCUACCAUACAGAAAGUAAUAAAAGGAGCAUUAUCAGGCCUUUUUUAGGAUGGUCUAUUUCUCUCAAAUCCUGUAUUUUAAAGUGUAGGAUUUGAAUAUCUACAACUUCCAACCUGAGGCAUACACAAGACUGAAGAUCAAUGCAUGAGAUUGCAUUUUUCUACAAACUUUAUACCAUCUGAAUAAACUGAUGCGAUAACCACAUGAAAACCUGACACACAACCUUAAUCUUCCAGCUGUCAGAAAUGUGAUCAGAAAUAAACUUGAAAACCACAAAAGACAACAGAUUAUUUGUUUGGUUAUCAGUAGCUGCCCUCUAAUGGUAUACUCACGCAACAGCACACAUAGACUCACUGUCUGCGCAGGGCUGCAGUCUGUCCACUGUAGAGCUCUUAAAACAGACAGAUGACCUCUCUGUUGUUUUCUCGAAGAUGAAUGCAUCAGAUUCAAACGGGAUAGAUGCAUCUAUCCCAUUUAAACUGAGCUGGUAACUGCAACCUAAGGGCAAAUAUCUGAUGUUUUUAGUGAGUGCAUUAGAAAGAACACUGGUGAUGUGAUCUGUGGCCUACAGUCUGACUAGCUAUGGGGUUACCGUGUUACUUGUUAAUGCAUUUUCUUCUUUAUGGGACAAGUUAAGUGCUCUGGCAUGCAGAACGUGUCACGUGAUCAGGUCUGCACGUGUACUUAAACAUUGUUAACGCUCUCCAUGGUGCUGAAUAGUGUUUUUAAGAAUCAUUUUGGUGUUGUAUUGAUUUCCCCACCUCGAAUGUCACUUAAAAAAAAUACGUUUUGUGGCAUUAAUUCAAUUAUUAAAUACACAUAUUCAUUUUUUUAGAGUUUUUAUUCCAAACAAAUUGCCAUUGUAAUUACUGACUGAGUCGAUGUUUUUGUUUUUUUUCCCCACCGUCCGAAACUGAAGCAGCCUUCCGGGACGCAGCUGCAGCCGUAUCAGCCUGUGUCAGGGUUUUCCACUAUAGUGCUGCAUUUUGAUGUCGCCCAGGCGGGUAAAAGCUGCUGCCAGCACCGACAGCGGGCUCAUUUACUGUUAUUGAUGCUCAAGAGGCAACAUGACAUCCACUAAGCAGUGGCUACUGGCCGUUUUUGCGCUUCUGUAUAUUUAUGGAGCAGUUGAAUCUAAAAGGAUUUUCAGAUGUCCUUCAGGAUGCUCCUGCUCCAAGGAGACGAUCAUCUGCGUCGGUCCCUCACAGAUCCCACGGACUAUACCGAAUGAGAUCAACUCACUGAGCAUGGUAAAUGGAUCUAUUUCUGAAAUUACAGAAGGGAUGUUUGCACUCAUGCCUUCUCUUCAGCUGUUACUUCUAAAUGCAAAUUCUUUGAGCACGAUUAAAGAUGAUGCUUUCUCGGGCCUUCCACAUCUAGAAUAUUUAUUCAUUGAAGGGAACAAGAUUGAAACGAUCACCAAAAAUGCCCUUCGUGGCCUGCGAGAUUUGACUCAUCUAUCACUUGCCAAUAACAAGAUGAGGUUUCUGCCAAGAGAUCUCUUUUAUGACUUGGAUUCGUUACUGGAACUGGAUCUGCGAGGCAACUCUUUCCAGUGCAAUUGUGAGAACAAAUGGCUGAUGACGUGGCUGAAAAACACAAAUGCCACUGUAUCAGAUGUCUUCUGUGCCGGCCCCAGUGACAUGAAGGGCAAGCGGCUCAAUGACCUUCCUAUUCCACCGGGCGAGUGUAUUUCCACAGACUUUGUGCGUCAUCAGUCCAUUCCCAUUCAGUCAAUGUCAGCGGACAUCUUCUCCUUUAAAGAGGACAUCUACGUGGCUAUGUCUGCCCCCAACUCCAACAGCUGUGUGGUCAUGGAGUGGGACCACAUUGAGAUGAAUUUCAGGAAAUUUGACAAUAUAACAGGGAAGUCUGUUGUUGGAUGCAAGUCAGUUCUGAUUGACAACCAUGUCUUGAUAAUUGUUACCCAGCUCUUUGGUGGCUCCCAUAUUUACAAGUUUGACGAUCAGCAAAACAAGUUCACAAAGUUUCAAACUAUUGAGGUCUUCAACAUCUCGAAGCCAAAUGACAUUGAGGUCUUCCAAAUGGAUGGUGAUUGGUAUUUUGUGAUUGUGGACAGCUCCAAGGCAGGUUUGUCUACUCUGUACAAGUGGACCGACCAACCAGACCGCAAUGAAACAGGUUUCUACUCCUACCAGUUCCUCCACGAGUGGUUUCGUGACACAGAUGCUGAGUUUGUUGAGGUGGACGGGAAGUCCUUCCUCAUCUUGGCCAGUCGCUCUCAGGCACCUGUCAUCUACCUGUGGAACAAGAGCACCCUGAAGUUCAUACUUCACGGUGAAGUCCCACAUGUCGACGACGUGGUGGCAGUCAAAGCUUUCCGGCUGGAGAAUGAGUUGUAUCUGGCCAUGACUUGUUACAUUGGUGACUCCAAACUCCUCAAGUGGGCCAAUAAGCAGUUCACUGAAGUGCAGGCUCUGCCUUCUCGAGGAGCAAUGAUCCUCCAACCUUUCACCUUCACAGACAGGCACUACCUUGCUCUUGGCAGUGAUUAUUCUUUCACACAAAUCUACCUCUGGGAUGUGGAGACCAAAACAUUUCACAAGUUCAAGGAUAUUUAUGUGCAGUCCCCCCGGUCAAUUACAGCAGUGACCACUGACCGCAGGAAUUUCAUCUUCUCCUCCAGCUUUAAGGGCAAAUCGAUGGUUUUUGAGCAUAUUAUUGUAGAUUUAAGCUUAUAAUGCCUCGCAAAAUAAUGACUAAUCACAGUAUGAGUUGGUCACUCAGAUCAAUAUUGCGUGUAUGCUACAAAGUCUCAAUUGCUGUAUAUCUUCCUUAUAAAACUAGAUAUAUCUUUAUUGGUCUGACACAAACAUCUUUGGCAAGUUUCUGCAGCUCAUAUGCAUUUCAAGCAGUUAUGGAGGUACGAUUAAUGAUAGGUCCCAAGUAGUUAACUUGAAACUGAAGGCUGACAGAAAUAUAAAACAAUGGCAACCUUUAAAAUUUAAACAGCAUGAAGAUAAUUUUAUCGCAUAUUAGAUAUAUAUAAUUCUGUCAAACAAGGAAUAGCCAAACCAAGGGGUGUCUAUUCUGGCCAUGCCAUAGAAUAUAGCCUGGCCACCCCACACAGGCAGUGAUAAAUGUAUCCGUUAAGGGUUAUAUAAAAUGUAAAUACCAUUAUAUAUGAUUCCUAAUGAUGCAUCUAUAGAGUUGAUGUCACUGUUGCCUCAAUGAGUGAAAGAAAAAGGUAGAAAUUUGUAAUAAACAAUGAACAAAACUGAAUUGAACUACCAUUUCUAUGCCACCUCGAAGUGAACACACGAGGUGUCAGUAUGUUCCAACACAAACUACAUUUUACUACGUGUUGUCUGAGUCUGAAGGCAAAUUAUAGCUCUUAAAUGCAGGGUAAAAAGCUUGCUGUCAUAGAGAAGGGCAAGAUGUGAUAAUCGUUUUAAUAUAGGGACGCUUGUGCAAACUUUCAGACGUCUCUCCAGGAAGGUAUUCAUGGUGUUCACAUUCAUGGCGCUUAGUUGUACAUGUGACAAAAGUAAUUGUGUGAAAAUUUAAAAAGAGAGCUCAAACCCUUCUUACUUCCUCACACCUCGCCAAAUUGCUUGUGGAGUGGGUAUACUAGUUGGAUUGUGGGUUUUGGAAAGUUGCUGUUAGCUGUUAGAAGGGUGUGUGUUGUUGUGGGAGUGGGAUUUAGAUAAUCAGCCUGGCUAUCUGUGUGAAAACUGUUUGGCUCCACCACUCCAAGCUCCAAGCUAAAUGUCAAAAGUUACCAUAAAAUGCUCUAAACUCUGGUACUUUGUAUUUCUGAGCAGCCAGUAGACAUUUUAAAGCCAUCUCAUCCAGUAACUGUCAUGACUAAACAUUUAAAUGUGCAUGAAACAAAGGGGUUUCUUCUUUUCACCCAAAUAAUACAGCAGAAUGUAUUAACAAAAGCUUAAGCCUAACUGCACAACAUUUAUAACUAACUACUAACAGAGUGCCUGAUUGGUGUCAAAACAACAUAAUUUAGUCCUGAUUCCUAUGCAAAAUGUAAAAUACUGAAUGUUUUUCUGAAUUACAAUCACAAGGUUAAUUGUGUGCUGUUGCUAUAUGACUUGAAACAACAUUUACAUGGUCUUAAGACACAAAUGUGUGCUCAUUUCUUUACUGAUCUUUUGAUAUGUUUCAUGUAUUGUACAGAUUUAAUUACAGUCCGUUUGGCUUGGAAUAUAAAUCUUUUUCAGAUACCUAACAAUGGCAUGAUGUGCAAACUAGGCCUAAUGUCAAACAGCUGAAAGUCACAAAAUGCUAACAAGAUCAAGCAAAAGCAGUAUGUUUUUGUGAACAUUUCUUGAAAAUAAAAUACAUUAUUUCCCUUCAAUCUAUCCUCAUGUUCUACCUAGCACUUAUAUAUUUUCCACUCUAGUAGCCUCAACUAAUAAAUAAAAACAGAUCUUUUACACAACAUCGACAACCUUCAGUCUUAUGUAAGAAUGAGUUUGUGUAAAUGCAUUAAAGAACA